UCUAAGUUCUCCGCCACAAGGGUCUGCCGUUAGUCUCCCCGAGCGCGGGCGGCGAGGCGGGUCGGCCAGGAAGUGCAGCGGGAGGCGAAGGCGGAGACGCUUGAGGUCCCACACAUGGAGACCGUGUCGAGACAAAGGGAGCUGGGGCAGGAAUCGGCGCAGCUUCGGGAGCUGAACGAGCGGCUGGAGUGUUACCUGCAGAGAGUGUCGGUGCUGGAGAGGGAGAACUCCUCUCUGCGGGAGCACAUCCAGCAGCUGAAGCCCGGCCCGCAUGAUGGAGGGAAGCAGAAGGAGUUGGAGGAGGCGCUGGAGGCGGUGAGGCUGGAGCUGGCCGAGGGAUGGAGGGAGACGGACCGCGCGGCGCUCCGGCGGGACUCGCUGCUGGAGGAGCUGCGCCUGGUGUCCGAGAGCUGCUGCCGGGAGGCGCGCCUCCGCGCCUCCGUCGAAGGGGAGCUGGCCGAGAGGCGGAGGUGGCUGGAGGAGGAGCAGAGGAGCCGGGAGGGGCUGGAGGGGAAGGUCCGACGGCUGCAGGAGGAGCUGGGGCAGCUGGAGGAGGCCCAGCGGGGGGAGAGGGAGCUCCUGCUGCAGGAGAUUGCCAAGGGUCCGCUCCGCUGCCCCGCCGCCCCCCUCCCCGCCCUCUCCCCUCGGGACGUCCAGUUGUGCCUGGGCGACGUCGACCUGAGGUGGACGGAGGCGAGGGACCUGUACCGGGACGAGCUGGCCCGGAUGGAGCGAACGGUGUCCGAGGCCGGCUUGAGGCAGGAGGCGGUGAAGGAGGAGACGAGGCUGAACCGGCAGCGGGUGCAGGGGCUCCGCGGGGAGCUGGAGGUCCUGCGGGAGAAGAAGAGGCAGCUGGAGGGGAGGCUGAGGCAGCAGAGCCGGGCGAGGGAGCAGGACACGCAGCGGCUCCAGGCAACAAUGGCAGAGCUGGAAUUGGACAAGGAGUCCUUGGCGGCCAAGAUGGACCAAAUUGUAGAGGACCAGAGGGAGCUGAUGCAGAUGAAACUGGCGCUGAGCCUGGAGGUCGCCACCUACAGAGCUCUGCUGGAUACGGAAGCCCAGAGGAUACACUCGUCAGCCGGGGCUAGGGGUCUGCCGGCGUCACUGCGAGACGCCGUGUUGGCAUUUCCCGGCGGGAAGGGCCUUUCCACCGAGAAACUUUCGGCCCCGGUCAGAGUGGAAGCCGGGAACGUGUGGAGAGCGCACUCGGGAGCGGUCACCGCGGCGUCGGGAUGGAGAGACCGGAGCCCCCUCACAGACGCAGCGCCAACGCGCUCCGAGCGCCCGGAGGACAAAGAGGCAGGGGCGACCUGGCCGGGAGAAUCCCCCACGGCGGGAGACCUGGUGGACGGCGAGGCCGCGAUGAGCGUCCCCCGGGGCGGCGGGGCGGGAAGCAAGGCCGAGGAAUGUCCUGCGGAUGAUCGGAGCUCGGUCACUCCAAGCCAGGAGGAGCCGGCCGAGGUCGCCGAGGCGCAGCCACCCUCAGCUGCCGAGGUGGCCGAGGAAUCCGAGGGAGAGCCGGACACUGCCGGGAGCGGGAUGGAGGGAGAGAGACCCCAGCUCGCCCCACCGUUCCCCACCGAGCCAGCAGCGGCCGAGGACCCGAAACAUCCCAGCGCCGGCGCGGGCCAACUCACCGAGGAGCCUAGGGAGCCGGUGGAGGGGAAUUCGGACACCGAUCCGCCGCGGGAAGCCUCGGAUUCAGCAGCAGGCCAGAGCGAGGAGCCUGGGGAGCCGGUCCAAGCGGCGGUGUCCCGGGAAGAAAGCCCCGAAGCGGCAGCGUGGAAGCAAUCACCGAGCGAACCGGGCGAGGUGCAGUGGCCGGAGGAGGCGGACGCGGUCGCUGGGGAGGUGGGACAGGACCGGCAGCUGGAAGAGGAGGAGCUGACCCCGGCCGAGGCCCAGCACCCGCCCGCGGGGGAUACCCAUUGGGAUGAGCCGGAGAGAGCGGGGAGAUGGGAGGGGCUGGAGACCAGGCGGUUGAGCGGUGAGGAAGAGGAAGCGGCGGCGGAGAAUCUCCUGUCCGGCGGAGAGGGUGCGCCCAGGACGCACGAAGCCAGCAAACAAGAUGACAGAGGAACCGGCGACGGGGCGGUGGAGGGAGGCGUGGGGAGAGAGAGUGAGGCCGGAUACUCGGUGGGACAGGUGCCGGAGGAGAGGCAGCCCAGCGGGAGGUCCCAGGAGCCGGAGGAGGAGGUGACCGGGACCGAGGAGCAUCCAACGGAUGACCGAGACUCCGCCAUCCCAUUCCGGGAGGAGCUGGGUUCAGAGGAGGCACUGACGGGGGCCAUUGUAGAAGCGGCGCCACUGGCACCUCCAGCGGCCGAAGAAGGGGCUUCCGAGGGACGGGGCCAGGAUUUCCCUGGAGAAUCUGUCCAGGAGCGCCCGGCCGAGGGGAGCGCCGACGAGGAGGGGGUCGCCCCAGAACCGUGGAGAGAGGAGACGGAGGCGGAGGCGGAACCCAGGCCGGAGGCAGCGGAGGUGCCCCUCGAGUUGGGGGAGACGGCGAGCAAACCUCACCCAGGGGAGGAGAGGGUAGCCUCGGAGGGAAGGGCCGGUCCCGAGAGAGAAUCUCCCCGGGAGGAGGACGCGGUGAAAAAGGAGGCCCCGGCGCCUGUGGGCGAGGAGCACCCCGCCGACCACUGGCAGGGAGACCGGGACAGCGAGCCGUGGGAGGCGAACCCAGAGGAAUCGCUCAGCCCUGAGCCUCGGGCGGAGGAGGAGGAGGAGGUGGCCGGGACCCCCGGGCUGGACUUCAGCCAGGAAGCAGAGGCGUUUCUCGGAGACGAGGGGGAAGGGAAGGAUUGGGCAGGCGAGCUUGAGGACGGGAUGGGACAAGGCCCAGAGCCUGAGGCAAUUCAGGAGGACGCGGCCCGUGUGCAGGAGGUCGGUCCGGAGGUGAAGACCGCGGCAACGGAGGAAGGACAAGAUAUCGGGGCGGAGGAGUCCCCCUUCGGUGAAGAACCCGGAGACAUGGAGUCGGAGAUAGCCGUGGAUGAGAACCACCUGGAGAUGGGAGAGGGAGAACUGGAGAGCGGCUGGGCGGACCAGGCGGAGAUCCCCGGAGAAGCGGUUGAGCCGGAGACAGAGAGCGGGUCAACGCACCAGGAGAUCGAGGAGGAAGCGGCCCCCAAGCGGCGAGCUUCAGCCUCCCCGCAGGUGAAGACAGCGAACCUUGCGCAGCUGGAGCUGAUCGGAGAUGGAGCCGAGAUCGGCGAGGAGGAGGCAGGCGGUGCGGACAUCACUCCCUCGGGGGAGGGAGCGCCUCUCGCCUUGGCUGAGCCACCGGAGCCCGGGGAGGAGAGGUCCACGUCCAGUUCGGCUCUCCCUGACGGGCCGGAGGAAGAGCAGCAGGGCCGAGAGGACCAUCUGAGCUCGCCAGGUGCCCCGUCCUUGGGCGAGGAGGCGCCUGCUGAACCGUUCCAUGAAGGUGAAGCGUUGAGGGACUCCCCAGAGGGAGCCGAAGACCGGACGCUUCCCCUGCCCAGCCCGCGAGAUGUUCUCCAGGAAACCCCUGGCUCAGCGGGCCAGUUGCGGGCGGAAUGGCCAGAGGAUGCAGCUCAGGCAUACGCGCUUCCCUCCCAAGAAACGGAGCUCCUAGAGAACUCCCUACCUUGGGAAGACCAUCCCGAUGGACACCAACCAAUGGAAGGGUUCUCUGGGGCCGAGAGGGACCCUCGGGAUGAGGGGUGUGACGUCAUCUCUGACGCAGAUGGGGAGGGUUCCCCAGUAGGAAGUAUGACCCUGGAGACUGGUGUGGGGAUGGAUGGGCUGGAGGGCGAGGCCCGGGUGUGUGUGGAGGCCGUGGACAAUCCCCAAGCCACGGCAAUCCCCGACUCUCCUGAAGACCCGACGGCACAGACCCAACAGGCGGACGAAGAGAAUCGGGCAACCUCGGCAGACCGAGGUUCGCCCAGUGAUAUCCAAACCCCGGGCAACCUCUUGCCCGACCACGGCGAGAUUCGGGGAGCCGCGGACCCGGGGGAUCAAGGGGGAGGGGGCGGCGAUGAACUGGAGGUGGCCGACCAAGAGGGGCCACGGAGAGAAGAAGAGGCGGAGGACCGACACGUCCCGAGUUUGAUGGCAGCUGCAGAGAGGCCGGGCCCAGAGACAGAUGGCGGGUGUCCGAUGGGGGAGCAAGAGAGGGUAACGCUUCAGGGGGAGGCUGACGAGAGUGACAGCGGCCAGAAUGAAGGGCGUGGGCCGCAGGAGGAGUUGGAGGAAAACUCACUCAACGUUGGCCCAUUGUCCAGUAUUGGCAGCAAUGGCCCAAACCCAAGUGACGUCAACACGGGCUCAGGGGACGAAGGGGGACCCGUGGGAGGGGAGGGGGCAGCCCAGCAUGUCCAUGAGGCCAAGCCAAUGGGAGACAUGCUGGAGCCCGCACCCUUCCCCGGGACCCUCCACGAUCAAGAAGGCUUCGUAGAGGAGACGUCUGCCGGGGAGGGUUCCUUGCCCAACGUUCCGGGGGAAAGCGAGGAGGGAGGUGACGGCGGCAGCGUGGACCUGCACCCGGUGAGCUCAGACCGGGACCUACUCCUGUCCCCGCACCCCGCGGGAGACGAGGAGCCCCGCCCAGUCACCCCCCUGGUUCCCAAUGACAGGCAACUGAACGGGUUGCACGAUUACCCCGAAGUCCCGGGCAAGGGAGAUGGCAGGGCAGUGGAAAUGAUCGCGACCGCCUACCACUACUGGUCCUCCGAGGACGAGUGAGUGCCUCCACCCCCCGCCCACCCCAAAAUCCGUCCUGGCGGCAACCCACCUCAUCG